UACGUCAUCAUAUGUUUUUACAAAUUACAUAUGUUUUAACAUUUUUUUUGAUGCUUCUAAUCCACACAUGCCACGCGUUCCGCAUCUUAACUGGUAACGCAGCAGUCAAGGGUAGAAGAGUCUUUCAGAACACACGCUUUGCAACAAUGGCAGAAUUACAGGAAUCCUCAGCGAAACUUCGAGAAUGGACCGUACCAUCAAAAGAUGGGAAAUUCCGAACUGGUCUUUUGUUGCGCAAUUCGUUGGCUGGUGAUGCCAAAGUUGAAUUUGUUCCAGAGAAUGGAAGACGUAUCAAUUGGUAUUGCUGCGGUCCAACGGUAUAUGACACUGCACAUCUUGGUCAUGCUAGGACGUACGUUGCUUGUGACACAAUAAGAAGCAUCCUGGAGCGCUAUUUUAACUACGAUGUCCAUCUGGUUAUCAACGUCACUGAUAUAGAUGACAAAAUCAUACAACGAGCUAAUGAUGAGGGUUGCAAAUUCAAUGAAUUAGCAAGCCGAUGGGAGCAUGAGUUCUGGGAGGAUAUGGCUGCACUAGGUGUUGACCCACCCAACGUUAUAACAAGAGUCAGUGAAUUUUUACCAGAGAUCAUAUCGUAUAUUGAAACCAUCAUGAAGAAUGGCUAUGCGUACGAAGCCGAUGGUAGCGUGUAUUUUGAUAUAGAUGCAUUUAUUGGAAGUGAUAAACACGUAUACGCCAAACUGGAACCUAAUAGCUAUAAUGAUCUUUGCAGAAUCACCGAUGGAGAAGGUACCCUUGGCGAGGUAUCGACACAUAAGAAAUCGCCCAGAGACUUCGCUCUCUGGAAGAAGGCUAAACCAGGUGAACCUUUUUGGUCAAGCCCAUGGGGAGAAGGCAGGCCUGGUUGGCACAUUGAAUGCAGUGCCAUGUGCUCAAACGUAUUCGGGAAGGAUACGAUUAUAGACAUUCAUUCAGGUGGUAUAGAUCUAAAGUUCCCGCAUCAUGAUAACGAAAUUGCGCAAUCGGAAGCUUUUAGCGAUCGCAACCAAUGGGUAAACUACUUCUUACACUUUGGCCAUCUGCAUAUUCAAGGGCUUAAGAUGAGCAAAAGCCUAAAGAAUUUCAUAUCCAUUAAACAGCUGCUUAACAAAUACAACAAGAGGCAAAUAAGAAUAUUAUUCUUAACAUCCAGGCAUGAUGGGACAUUAAAUUACAACCCUGAGCCUCAGGGUAUGGCAGAAGCUAUAGCCAUAGAUGAAACAUUUUUCAACUUCUUUUCAUUACUCAAUUCGAGAUUGGACAAAAGAGAAAAUGCCCAAAAAUUGGGAGAGGAUGAUGUGAGGUUAAAUACAGAGUUUGAAAGACUAAGAGAUACGGUUCAUGGAGCAUUUUUGGAUAAUUUUGAUACUCCGAAAGUGUUGCAAUCAAUGUGUGCUUUCAUCAGUACACUUAAUGCGUACCUAUCGACGCCUCAAUCGUAUUUAAGACAAGCAUUAGGGUUGAGCAUUAAGAAAUAUAUGUACAAAAUACUGGAGAUUUUAAAACUAAAGGAGCCAGGAACAGAAUAUGGCCAGGAUGAAAACCAAGAAUCUUCUGUUUCAGGCCCUUUACUCGAGCAUUUAUUAAACUUCAGAGCAAAGACUCGCCUAUUCGCUCAACAUUGUAUGAAAACUAAAGAGGUUGAUGUCGGGAAAACGGCUGAUCUUCUCAAAUUGUGUGACCUGGUUAGAGAUGAGCAACUACCAGAACUGGGUAUUUUACUGGAAGACAGGGAUGGAGGAGAGUUUGUUGUCAAGUUUAAAUCAAAGGAUGCUCAAUUGAAAGAGGCGGCAAGAAAAGAGGAAUUGAAACAGCAACGGCUUAAACUAGAGGCUGAACAACAGCAACUACUGAGAACUCCGCCUUCUGAAUUUAUCAAUCGUAAAUUCCCUGGGAAGUUCAGUAAAUUCGAUGACCAACAUCUGCCUACACAUCUCGCUGAUGGCAAGCCAGUAUCAAAAUCGGAAAGGCAAUCGAUGGCAAAGAUAUUGGAAAAACAUACUAAACAGUAUGUAAAAAGGGAGGAUACUGCCUCAUAGUUGUAGUAGCAAACUGCCUACCUACC